CAGCUAACAACUUCCGGGUCAGUCUGUACAUGAGUAAAGUGAUAGUAGCAACGAACAGUGAACUCAUAAGUUUUUCUCUAUAUUUGCAGUUAAUUUGCAAACUAAGCUUGUCAUAUUAAUAUAUUGUUUGUGUGUUUUAAUUCGGAGAAAAAUGGUGUUUUACUUCUCAAGUGCCGUGGUAAAACCUCCGCACACAAUAUAUAUGGGAAAAGAUAAAUAUGAAAAUGAGGAUCUCAUUAAAUAUGGUUGGCCCGAAGACAUCUGGUUUCACGUUGACAAACUCUCUUCAGCUCAUGUUUAUCUAAGAAUGCCAAAGGGUAAAACUAUAGAUGAUAUUCCUCCAGAGGUGCUGGUAGACUGUGCACAGCUGGUGAAGAACAACAGCAUCCAGGGCUGCAAGAUGAACAACAUCAAUGUGGUUUACACGCCGUGGGCCAACUUGAAGAAAACAGGAGACAUGGAUGUUGGACAGAUCGGAUUUCACAGACAUAAAGAGGUGAAGAUUGUUGCUGUGGAGAAGAAGAUCAAUGAAAUCGUAAACCGUCUGGAAAAGACAAAAGAAGAGCGCUUCCCGGACCUGGCAGCAGAGAAGGAAGCAAGAGACCAGGAGGAGAGGAACGAGAAGAAGGCCCAACUUCAGGAGCAGAAGAGGAGAGAGAAGGAAGAGCAGAAGAAGAAAAAGGAGAUGGAGGAGCUCAGGAAUUAUACUUCACUGAUGAAGAGUGAAAACAUGAAAACCAACGAGGACGACUAUGACUCAGACGACUUCAUGUGACAGCUGAAAAUACGACAGGGAGUAGACAGGCUAUCAAUGGUCGGGAAACUCCCCUGCUGCCAUCACUUGUUCAUUUACAGACUUUAAAUAAAAGAAAAUCACAACAAACAAGCAAAUCCUGCUUUUGGACACUUGGGGCAGAAAGCAAACCAUCGAUGAAUGACUCAGCGUUUCACGAUUCAGGAGCUGUUUUCAGACUGAGCCGCCUGACCUCUACAUUAAAGGAAGAGGCUGUACCUGACAACACUGCUCAGUAAGAGUCAUUUAAGAGAAAACCCUAACAAUAAAUUCAGUUUUUACAACUAUACUAAUGGUGAUAAAACUUGUGUCUAUGGAUGUCCUUUGUUUCAUUCACAUACUCCGAUAGCAUUUAGUUGAUGCUGCGAAGCCUCUGGCCUCCUUUCUCAAUAUGCCAAUGUUGUCUGCAUGUCAGAUUGUAUUAAACACGAUUGUAUAAAUGUAAA